CCCUCCCUCCCUCCUCCGCUCUGUGUGUGUUCAAUGGACGAAAACUGCGGCCCUGAGCAGCUUUCGGCUCUUUCCCUCGCCAAUGGAGGAGACGCCGCCCAGCACGCCGGGGACUUCAUCACCAGAGUAAGCGAUGCCUCAGAGAGCGAGAAGAAGAAGAAAAAGAAGAAGAAGAAAGCAGGUUUUGAGGAAUUAAAUGGUGAUGCUGGAUCGGAAGACGAGGUUGAGUCUGCAGCAAGCCAAGAAAUUGAAGAGUUGAACUUGGUUUCUUGCAGUGCAGCUAAUGGCAGGAAGCAAUUUUUAGACACUAAUUUCAACCCCAGAUACACAGCAAAAGCUAUUGCACACAGCAGAGUGAGCACCAAAACAAAGAAUUAUAAUCAGAAAAACAGUAUGGACAAAAAGAAUGACAAAGCCUUUGAAAAUAAGUCUAGGGAUAGUAGAGGUAUUGAGAAAAAAGAUGCAUUGUCUUUUCUCAACGGUGUUAUAACGAACAACUCUGGUUACAUUACAAAUGGAUUUUCUGUCAAGGCUUCAGCAGAUAAUGAUGGUAGUGGUUCUGAGAGUGGGUACACCACAACGAAAAAGCGCAAAGGCAGAAGGAAUAGCGACAAAGGUGCUGAGAACUUGAAUCUAUUUCAAGACAAAACCAUGCAUCACGAGGGGAAUCCAAUAGCUCCGCAGCAAGAUCUUGAGAAUAUGAAAUUUGAGGCAACUGAACACAAGGCAAAUCGUUUGGAAAAUACUAAACCUAGUGGCCGGUAUGAACCUGUAACAGUUAGUGUGACUGGAGCUCGUGGAAAGGCAGGAAUUGGUGACACUCAGCGAAAAAACUCUGAUGGAAAACUUAGUUGUAGUAAAAAGUACGAAGAACGACCUAAAUCAAAGGCAGCAUCUGUAACUUCAAAGGAAGACUCUUGGACCCUCUUUAAACCACCUCCAGUCUUCCCGGUAGACAACAGUAGUGCAAAAACUGUUCCCAAGAUUAGUUAUGCAAGUAAAGUUAAAGAGAACCUCAACAAAUCACCCCCAAAUCAGUCGGCUGUGGACACUCAGGCACUAGCUUCAGGUCGAUUGUCGCAGGUUCCCAUGUCUGCUGUGAAAGCUGUCACCUCAUCUAGCUUUUCCAAUGGUUUGGCUUCUGGAGUGACUGAUGGGAAUAUUGGUGCUUCAGGAGUCCAGACAGUUACUGCUGCUAAUACUGUAGUGCAUGUCUCAUCUGGGAGUGAAACUUUGUUGUCCUCUGAUGGCUUGGACCAAGUGACUGCAGAACAGAAAAAGCAGGGUCUCUUUGUCUACCCUUCAAAUAUGCAAUCGGUGCUACCCAGCACAGCACAGGCGGAGCUGCCAUCCCAGACAACCCAGCAGAACCUGGGGGAUAUUUUCCAGAACCAGUGGGGGUUAUCUUUCAUAAAUGAGCCAAGUGCUGGCCCUGAGCUAGCCACUGUAAGAUCUGUGGAUAACCCACCUUUGGAGGUGACCUUUCAAGCUGAAUGUGCUGCCACUUUGGUUUCACAGUGUGCUGAACUGUUGUCCCCGGGAUCUGAAAUUCCUAUGUUUCCAAAGGCUUAUGAACUCGACAAACGGACUAGCCCUCAGGUUCUCAGCAGCGUCGUGAAGACUGGCUGGUGGACUGCUGGUGUUUCUGCUGAGGGGGUGGCCCUGUCCGUGGAGCCCCAUGUUACCGAACUGCAAAAGGUGGCUGCUUCAAGCCAAGGUGCAAUAGUUUUUGUCCCUAAGGACUUUGGGAAUGAAACACCACAACGGGCCUCUCCUACCAAUCCUUUGGUGCCGUCAGCCAAAGAACACACAAGGUACCACAGAGGCUUUGACAGAAAAGACAGCUUGGGUUCAUUUGACUUGAAGUCUGCUGUUAUGUAUCACACUAAAGAAAUGGACUCUUUAUGGAGCCUGCAUAAACAAGAUCCUUCAAGAGUAGUUACAUAUGAUGAAUCUAUGGAUCGUCCUGAUCAAUGAAGUCAGCUGAAUGAACUGCCUGUUUUCAUUGUUGCUGCAAGCCGCUGUCGGGGUGCUGUUAUGCUCCUUUAAAAUCAUCAUUUUAACAGUGGAACAGUUGAGGAGAAUCAUGAAAAAUAUUUUUUAAGAGCGACUGAAUUUCAGACCGAGUGCAUAGGGAGUCAUACAGUUAUUUUGGUGGACUCUGUGAUUGGGUAUUUAAUGACCUCUGGUACAGAACUUAUUACAAAUGGAAAAAAAACAUUAACCUGAAUGCAAUGAUCAAUGGUGGAUUUUUUACCUAAAUCUGGUUCUUAAGAUCCUGCUGGUGUAGAGUCAGGCUCAGAAUGAACCACUGAAGGGGCUGUCCCACUUCACAAAGACUGCAUUUUGCUGUGAGUGCACCAAGAUUCCACACGGGAAAACAGGAUGAUUCACAGAAUUCUUUUUAAACCCAAAAAAAAGUAAUGCUGGAAUAAUGCCUUGAAGUACAGUAUGUAUUUUCUGCAGUAAGGCGCUCGGCUUUUGCUGGGAUUGAGAUGGUCAGUUAGGCCUUGGGUGGGAGGGGCCGGGGGGGGAGGGGGGGAAUUGUCUUAACUCAUCACUGGGAAGAACUCAGAAAUCUGAAAGUCAUGGACAGCUGCGAUAUUAAGACAAUGCGGUUCUGAUUUUCACUGGUCAGAGAGACGCAAUGUUCUACAUGCGUAAAAUGUAUUGUGUGAAACUUGGUGGAGCAAUUCAACUUAGGUAUUUAAUGUUGUACAAUUCUUUCCCUCCUUAAUUUUUUUUUAAAAAAAUUGCCUUUGUAUUAGGAACAUAAACUGCACUGCUUCUGCUGUAGGGCCUUCAUAUUCACUGUCUUUCUCUAGUUCAUUAACCAUGGUUUUCAGUAGAUUGUUUCCCUGUUGUGUAUCUGGCCUUAAACUAGGAUGAAAAUGAGAUUUAUUUCAAUUACAAUGCCCACCUUUCCCUUUUUAAUGCCACCUUGCUUUUUUUUUAAAGAAAAAAUAACUCUUGCUUUUCAUGAAGUAUAUGCCAGAACAAUGCAACAGAGCAUACAGUUUAAAAAAAAUAAAAUAAAAAUUAGAUAGUUUAGAGAGUUAAACUGUAAAAUUGGAUCACUCUCCUGCAUUCUUUAGGCCUCUUACAGGACAAUUUACGGUUUGUCUAAAUUGACGGUGGUGAUUUGGUUAAUGAAUUCUAACGCAUUCUGUGUAGUCCACAGCUUUAUUGCUGCUUCUAAACUCUUAUUAAAAAUAUAUUUUUAAUAUGGAAAACCUGCUUGGAUUUUACAAAUCAGCAAAGAGCUUUAUGGCAAUAUUGGAAGUAAAUAGUGUACGGACAUGAACCUCUGAACAUGCAGAUGGUAGUAAUUACACACUACAGCUUGUGUGGUAAGUAAGACUAGGUGCCAGAGUGGAGAGAGAUAUAUUUUUUGAAUGUUCCUGUGGCUUUAUUCUGUGUCAUGUAAAUGUUCAAUCUAAUUUUUUUUAGUGUAACGGUGAAAAGUAUGGAGCACUCUGUGCUGGACACCCCUCCUCAGACACUCGUGUUUUCUUUAUUUUUUAGUUGUCCAAGCACUAGACUUGACGUAGUCCUCUUAUUCGCUUAAAAAACUCAAAUUCUGCAAUGCCAAAUACCUCUGCUUUUAUUUUUAAAUUGAGUGCUAUUUUCUGGGGAGAAAGUGGUCAAAGACAGAAGCAGACUUUUUAGUUGGGAGUAUUUUGUUUGAUAAGGCUUAAAAUCUCUCAAGAACGGUAGCCAGGUCAGAACAUAAGGUCACCUGGCUUUUGGAUACAGGAUCUGUCCAGCAUUGUAAACCUGAAUUCUGGAAAUGUACAUUUGAAUAUGCCUUUGUGUACCCAAACGCAAAUACAGGAACCACACUGUUCUUUCGAAUCCUACUUGUAGAAUGGCAUGAAAUUUCUUUGCAAUUUAUUUUGCCCGUCUGGUAUUUUGUGCUUACAAGUACACAUUAUCACAAGGUUUUAACAAAUAGCACCAGUAGUAUUCAAGAACAGUAAACUAUAAAUAAAACAAUUCACCAUAGCAGGCAGUAUUCAUUUAUAGAUUGGAACAAUUGCUUAUUUUGCGUUAAUGCACUUUGCCGGUAGAAAUUUUUAUGUGGCUAGCAACUUGAAAUUUUUACUUGCAAAUGUGAAACUGGAUAAUGUCAAACCUUGGAUAGGAAUAGAUGUUUAAUCCAGUCACGUCGUCAGUCAUUGGUUUCUGGCGAAGGCUAUAUUACAAUCCUUGAUAGCAACUAGCUCUUGAGCUUGACUAACAGUUCCUCUUUCUUAGAGUAGGUAGUGGUCCAGCAGUCCAGUAAAUGUUCAUUAGUACUGUCGAAUAUUCUAGGGCCGCAGGACCACUAAGUAGGUCUGCCUAGGUUUGUUACGCUUAACCAUCUGCGCUCUCUCACCCCCUCCCCUGUGUCCUCUCACAAUUCUUCAAUAAGCACUUAAGAUUUCUUAAAACUUUUUAAUCCGUUUCUAUUAUUUUUGGAUAGGUAUGUAAGUUUUAAGUACAGUUCGGUCAAUUGUGACUAUUCAGUACAGUGAUGAAUGCUAAUGUGUUACUAUUGUAGGUAUAACAUUUUCCGCCUCAAGAGUUGUUAGUACUGUAGCAUAAACCAAAUACAGUGUAGACUGUGGUGCCCCUUCUUCUAUGAAGAUAAUUAAAACCUGGGAAGAGGGACUGAAUGAAUGUGUGUGUGCGUGAUCUAUACAGUAUCUGGUGCAUACGUCUGUUAGUAUUCAGAAUAAGAACUUAAUUUAUUUUGUGCCAUGUGUUGAUUUCGUUUCAUCAUUGAAUAAUGAUCAUCAUAGAGGUCUAAUUAUUGCAGAAUGGCACUAAGCAAGUAAAAUAGCAUAGGUUCUUUUAAAUUGUUGCUAAGAUACAAACUAAUCAUGGUUGAAAUCUUUGAUACUUAUAUUGUUUUUUUUAAAAAAUAAUUUUUUGUAUUGCAAUGUCAGUCCAGCUAUGGGCCUUGCAGGUCAGCCUUUAUUUCAUUCCAGUCCCCAUCUUCAUGAAUCCCUUUCUCCCCCACCCUGUGCCCCC